AUGUACCCGUGGGCGCGUCAUGUGCAGACUGAGGCCCCAGGCCUCCAGGCUCAGACCCUGGUGCCUCGCCAGGCUGCGUGCCCGAGUGCCAGAAUCCGCCCCAAGUGCCCUCCGGCUGUGCCCCCACCGCUGGUCCUUGGGAAGGGCCCAGGCCCAGCCCGCAUGGCCUGCCGGUCUCCUGGGCAAUGCUGUGCCCCCGCAGACACCACCUGCCCCAACCCUGCCUGUAAGGAGCACGCGGGAAGCUGUGGCUUCGGCAGGCUUUACUCCCUGACCUUGUAG